ACAGAGUACGAACAGACGCCAUGUAUCAUAGUGUUUCUUUGGAUUUUUCUGUGUUAAAUCAGACUUUAAUAUUUGUGGGUGCUAGUGAAAUGGCAUAUAUCCUAACAGUUAUAGGACAUAUUGUGUAAUCAAAAUAAAAUCGUACCAGUUACAUUUCAUUCUUAUGUAAUUAAGUGAAUAUACUUAAUUCUAAUUAAAAUUCAUUGAAACAUCAACGGUAUGCUUUUGAAAAGCUAUUUAUGGCUCCUUCUCUGCUACGCCCAGAAUGCCUGCAGCAAUUUGACAAAAGAUUAUGAAGUUGUGUCUCAGUACUUGCUAGCUCCAACAGAUAGGCCAGGAGAGACACUGCCCAUACUUCUAGGAGUAGAGAAGAGUUCGGGUUGUUUUUGCCGAGCUACCUCGAAAAUCGAACUGGUCGUGUGUUUUGGGAACUAUGAGUGUAAAAAGUUUCCUCAGAUCAAAGUGAAAAGUGAAACAUUGAGGGUAAGAACCACAGUGAUAGUAAAAAUUUUAAGAGGACAACUGGAUUCUCUUUAUCAUUUAAAAGUGCUGCAAAUUGAGGCGAACCACAAGCUGCAAUACCUAGAAGAUGGACUGUUCAAGAACUUGACAAAUCUGCGUCAUCUAUCGAUUUCAUACAAUACACGUCUGUACACGAUUGGAGUUCGGACGUUUGAUGGUUUAAUCAACCUUCAGAAUUUAACAUUAGUCAAUAAUGGUUUUACUAACAUAUUAGAUUUAACACCAGCACUGCGACCUAGCAUUCUUCCUUCACUCAAAUGGUUAGAUCUCUCAGAAAAUCCCUUCGAAAACAUACCGGAAAAAACAUUCGAGCCUAUGGAAGGGACUAAGUUAAAAAAACUUGACGUUAAUCUAUGUAGGCUUGAUUUUAUUCACCCUAAUAGUAUGCUUCCAUUGAAACAACUGAAAGAAUUAAACAUUGGUGAAAAUGAUAUGAAUGCCUCUUUAAUCGAAAAAUUUAUAUUGAAAAUGAUUGAUACAGGUAUUAAUCUAACUAGCAUCGAUCUAUCUGGUAUGGGAUUCCGCAGACAGCCACCGAGACCUCUACUUGAUAUUAUUGCUCAAACAACUAUCAAAAUUUUAAAGCUAGCACAUAACCAAUUUGAAAUUAUUCACGAUGAUACUUUCCCUAAAAUGAAAAACUUAGAGUUAUUAGAUCUAAGAAAAGUUCUCGCAUUAUCCAUAGGACCUAAUGCAUUUGAUCCUUAUAAAUUUCCUAACCUUAAAGUUUUAUUAUUAGGAGGCAACAAUUUGCCUGGAGUUCACAGAAAACAUCUGUCGGACCAAUUACUAAUCAUGGAUAUGUCAAGUAACAAGGGGAUCUCAUCAAAUCCAGUAUAUUUUGAAAUUGAUAAGGAUACUUUUUUGCAAAGUAAAAUGUUGCGUAUAUUAAAUUUAUCGUACAAUAAAAUUAAAUCAUUGUAUAAUUACACUUUCACUGGUUUAGAUAAUUUAGAAAUGUUAAGCAUUGAAAAUGGUACAUUGUAUUACAUAGGUCCAGGAACAUUCAAGCCCCUGAAAAAUUUGGAAAUAUUGAACUUAGCUAAUAAUCCGUUAAACGCAAACCAAAACUUAACAAGUGCCCAAUUUCAGGGACUGAAUAAAUUAAAAGUGUUGAUAUUGACAAAUUGUGGUAUCAGACACUUUUAUGACGACGAUAAUAUAUUUGAAAUGAUGCCAAAUUUAACACAAUUAAUACUUAAAAAUAACCAGCUCAAAUUUUUAACUGCUGAAACAAUAAAGCCACUAAAGUUUUUAGAAUUCUUGGAUUUAAGCGAAAAUUUAAUAAUCUCUUGGUGGAGGCCAUUGUUUUUGGCUUCAGGUAUAAAACCUAGGCAAUUAUAUUUCACAAACAAUAAAAUUUCACAUUUUUCUAUAAGUAUGGUUGAAGAUGUGAGAUAUUUAUUAGAAAGUAGAGGAAACUCAACUGUAGACAUUAUUUUUAAGGACAAUGUAUUCUCUUGUGAUUGCGGUGCCAUGUACAAAACAUAUUUAUGGUUACAAGUGAAUGGAUCGAGAGAACUGAAACGUUACUUCGAUCACUCUAACUUUCACUGUAGCAGUCCUGACGUUUGGGAAGGACGACGUAUCUCGGAGUACUUAUCUUCGAUGAAACAUUUACGGUGUUUGGUUUACAAGAAAAUUACUAGCAUAAUGCUUUUGAUGUGGACAGCGCCUUCUUUAGUGACUAUAAUAUUAGUAAUAACAUUAAUAGUAGUCAUUUUCAAAUACAGGAUCUACUUAAGUUAUUGGUUGUUUCUUGCAAAAAUAGCUUUAGGCAGAAAACUGAUAAAAAAGUCCUUAAUAGCAGAAAACAUUGCACCCAAGGGUUACAAAUUCGAUGCCUUUGUUUCAUAUUGUAACGAGGAUAGAGAAUUUAUUUCCGAAAUGCUGUUGCAGCUAGAGACAACUCCACCUCAUUUAAAAUUAUGUGUAUAUGAAAGAGAUUUUGAAAUAGGAUCCUUUAUUUCUGAAUCAGUAUUGAAAUGCAUUAAUCAAAGUAAAUACAUUAUACUGAUUAUAAGCAAUAAUUUUGCAAAAUCGCAGUGGUGUAGAUGGGAGACCCAACUGGCGGAAUAUCACAGACUAUUCCUAGAAGACGGUUCUCCAUAUGAUCCAUUAGUACUAGUCAAAAUAGGUGAAAUAGAGAGUAAGUAUUUAACGACCACCUUGAAAUAUUUGUUGAAAACCAAGAUUUAUCACGCAUGGGACGAAAACAACACUGUAGAUUUUUGGAAAAAGUUAAGAUGUGUUCUUAUUAAAAGGUAGUAAGC